UAAACCAUUCCAUGUAAAAUAUCAUUACGUGCCGAAAUCAGCGCAAGCAAAAAUUUUUCAUCAUAAAGUGCAAAAGCUGUGUUCGUGAACGGAGAAAAUUCAAUAAGGCUGUUUGUUUAUUAUUUCUUAAUGUUUGGCCAUGGAGAGAAAAUGGUUAACUUCAUGGGAUCUCAAGCAGCUAUCUCGGAUCUCUGUGGUGCAGAUUAUACUAGGAGUCCUGGCGACUUGUUUGAUUAUGUGGAAAGGGUUCUGUAAGAAAUUCACAAUUUCACUAAAUUGUUAUAGCGAUUAUCGAUAUUCCCGCUUUGUUCUGGCAAGGGCGAUCGAAUAUGUAAGCAUAACUGAACCCGGCAGCGCUAUCAUUGGCCAGCACGCCAUCAUGCGAUCCCGCUCCGGAAAAUCACCGACGGCCUGGUUCCUGGCUGGAAUCGUAUUAAACGUCUCCGUGUUGACAGUUAGCAUCAUAGCGGUUUUCAUGAUCAUAGGACGGCUGCUCUCUCUGCCGGAGGAACUUGUGCUGGACGAUAUUAUGUGGCUAAACCGCAUUAUUCCGAUUGCCCUCGGCCUAUUGACAAUAAUCAUUACCUACUGCGCUUUAAGGAUCAACGUACGCUGCUUUGCUGCUGCUCAUAUCGACAAAGCGUUGAGCAUGGUCGGGAAUGCAGCGCAGGAAUGCCGGGUGGAGAUGGUGGCGAAUGAGACGCCCAGCGAAAGCCACGUUCAACUGACACUUUUACACAGCCUGCCGCCACCGACGUAUGAAGACGUUAUAAACGCUGGACAAAAUCAUCAUGACGAACAAGAAUAUCGACGGGCCGGCUGAAUAAUUUAGAAGUUCACCUACCUAGAUCUUGUUUUCAUGAUUCAGGCACGGGCUAACUAUCGAAACGCGCUAAGAAAAUCUUUCUGUAUGUUAUAGCGUUCCAAGCGAAUUGCCAUUUAUAAGUGGUCUUUAAUCUUUUGUGCUGCUUUCAUGCGUUAGACAGAACAGAUGUUAUGCAGACUGCGCAGUCUUUAUCUUGGCUCAGUACGUACUGUGAGUGUGUACGGUGUAGGUAAUUUCUUAUCGGUUUUGUUGUUUAACACUGGGUGCUCCGUUUGUUUGAGGACAACUUCAUAUUGCCGAUGCAUGCCGACUUUUAGAAAUUAUUUGUAGAUGCGUACAAAUGGUUGUAAUGGCCACCUGUAGCACAAAUCAUUUUGUCCUCUAGAACAACGCAAUAUUACGAAAAAUCGUUUUUCA